CCUGUGGGUGACUGUACUCGUGAAUACACUCCACCUUCAAAGCUUUUAGCAUCCUGUGUCCCUCUGCAAAGACAGAAAGAGAGCUUAGGAAAAAAAAGAAGAGAAAAGAUUGUCGAGGGUUUUUAAGAUGGAAGAAAAGUCCGGGGUAGAGAUGCAAGCUGCUGUGAGCGAAGCAAAAGCAUGGAUCGAGGCUGUUACUGGGAAAACACUGAGAGGAGAGUUUAGAGAGUCGCUGGAAGACGGUGUGGUGCUCUGCGAGCUAAUAAAUACACUGAAUCCUGGCUGCAUUCGUAAAAUAAACAUGAAGAAUAUAGCCAUCGCUCACUUGGACAAUUUGAAACAGUUUUUGACUGGUUGUGAAGCACUUGGGCUCAAAGACAGUCAGCUUUUUGACUUGACUGACUUGCAAGCUCCUGGUACCCUGAGAAUGAAAUCAGGAGGAGUGAAGCAUACAACGGCUGAAAGAAGGCUAAGAAAUGUGGUUAUAACUUUGUACUGGCUAGGGAGGAAAAUAUUCUUAUCUCAAAGCUACCACGGGCCACAGCUGAACCUCGAUGCAUUCAAAGAGAUUCUUGAUAUACCAAGUCAGAAUUAUUACCUGAAGGGAUAUGACGAUAAUCCCAGCCCGGUUGCUCCAAGGGCUAGCAGUAUAUCUAAACAACCAGUAGCAACAAAGCCUCCUCCACAGGCACUCCCAGCCACCAGCAAUCAUACCCCAGCAGCUAAACCAAUACCACCCCCUACCAUUAAUCCACCAGUCAAGGCUAAACCUCUGGAAAAUGGAGGAGAGGACAGAGAGCUAUCAGCUGAUGAGUUGCUGGCCAAUAUACAGUCGGUUGUUGAUGAGUUGCAUCUCGACUAUUCAUCGAGCAAUGGUGGCUCUCCUGAGCAAUUCCACAGAGGCCAGCCAACAACAACACACUCAACCCCGUCUCCAUUGCUAUCAACUCCUCCACUAAUAUCUGGCUCACCCAUCACUGAUAACAUUAGCUUCAAUGCCACCAUUAGGACCAACAAAGGAGGGAGCUUUGGACUACAGAUUAUUGGAGGGGCAGACACUUCUGUGCCUGCUCAGAUAGAACUAUUGCUACCAGGUGGUCCUGCUGAAUCCAGUGGCCUCAGACCAGGAGAUCUCAUAGUAUCGAUUAAUAAUCAAGACGUAUCGGGACACAACCACUUUGAUCUCAUCUCCCUCAUCAAACAGAGCUCUGCCAAUGGUAGCGUUGUCAUGGGAGUUGUCAGGAGACCUCCUUCAGCUGAUGAAGGAGACGAGAAUGUGCCACAAAACUUUUCAAGAACCGAGUCUCAGAUUAUAUGGGAGGAGGAGCAUGAGGAGAGAGAGAGGCAGCGUAAAGAGGUUGCACUGCUUUACAAGCAGGACAACAGGAAUAUUAAAAAAGAGGAAAAGGAGGAAGAGGAGGAGGAGGAGGAAGACUGGGAGGGUAUGUUGGAUGAACAGCUCCAGUGGCAGAACUCGGAAUCAACGAAACCACUCGAAGAUCUUCAGCAAAAGCUUGACUCGCUCCGACACUUGGCAGAGCGGAAACCUCCGUCAGUUGGUAUCUCAGCAAUGAGUACCAUAGAGCCAGCAAAGGAAGAACAAAAAGAAGAGAUAAUGGGAGCAGCUGAGAAGGAAGAACCAAAGAUUGAUGAGAGAGUAGAGGAGGUGAUUGAAGAUGGUGCUACUCCUGUGGCAUCUGAUGAUGAAGAAGUUGAUUUGGUUGAGAAUGUGAGAGGAGAAGGAGAAGGAAGAGAGGCUGACCCUGUGGUUACCAUACCUCGUGAGAUCACUCCGCCUAACGUUGGGCCCGAGGAAGAUCCUUUUGCACCACUCACAAAAUCCUCAAGCGACCAAUCAGAAUUGUUACAAGAGGUGCUCUCGGCUAGAACGAGUCUAACAAACGGAAUGGGGACAGAAAAAAUGACGACAGUGAGUAGUAAGCAGAUGUUUAAUAACAGCGGGACAUGGUCCUCAACUUCGACUGAGAACCAAUCAAGAUUACGUCAAUUUAGUACGCCCAAUGCAAGAGUCAUUUCACUUGAUUUCAGCGGAGAAGAAACCACAGAGGAUGUACAAGGAGGAUGGAAAGUUAAGGCAGUCCAGAAGACAAGGUGGACUCCAGAAAUGAAAGAUAACAGGAAAGUGACGCCAGUUCGAAGCCAAUCACUUGCUAUGCCGAGAGUCACGCCCCAAACCACGCCCCAAAGCACAAGCUACUAUACGCCUAAUCAAUCAAUGCCAAGGACGACGGACAAGAGAAUGAACUCAUUUUCAAGGGGAGUGGCAGGGGGAGGAGCAAGAGGAGCAUACGAGAAGCAUGAGGUAGUAGUUACUGAUUUGAGGGGUCGGUCUUCAAGUUAUGGAGCACCAGAAGAACAUAAGAUGCAGCACUUUCAAGCUCGUCCCAGUAGUGGUCAGGUUCACAGUGUCACUAAUAGCAAAAGACCACCAAACUGCACUCACUGCAGGAGUCCCAUUACUAGUGGACCAAUGAUGUCCAUUCCAGCAAGAAAGAUUCACUUUCACUCAAAAUGUCUCAUUUGCGUCGUCUGUCGAUCUCGUCUCACUCUGGGCCAUGGACGAACAACAGUGUUUCUCCGACACUCCCUCCCUCACUGUGCCUCCUGCUAUUCUACUGAUAAUGGUAUUAAAGCUACAACAUGCUAAAUUACAGAUCCACUUACAAAUAAAGAAAUUUAUUUCUUCAAAAAUGAAUGAUUUCUCUAUAUUUCUAACACUUUCACACUAAUUCUUAACCCUGAUGCAAUUGCCAAUACUUAUUAUAAGUAACAAUUAAUAAUUAUUAUUACUUUAUACUUAUUUAAUAUUACUUUGUGUUUUGUAUGAAUGCUAUUAGUGGUUUCAUUAAUUAACUGCAAAAAUAUCAUUCUAUACUAAAAA